AUGACGUGUCUGUGGAGCUAUGGGUGAUGUAGAAGCUGUAGGAAGGAGCGGACUCGUAUUGUUCAGAGCAUCCUUUUCUGUUGUUCUCUCUCAUCAAGGCAGUGCGUAAAGUUGGCACCCAUCGGGCGUGUCUAUGGACCCACCCCUAUUGUGUGUGCGUGCGGGGUGUGCUUUUUGUAUUUAAAGCAUUAAAAAACCUCUCAAGUAUCGAGUCCAGACGAGGUGCAGAAGAAGAAAAAGGAGGGGACACUAGACCAGAGCAGGCAAUGCGGCUAUUUCUUUCUCUUGUGUUGCCUUUAGCAGCUUCCAUUCUAAAACAUGUCUUGAAAACAUGCUGGAUAUGAUUUUUUUAGCCCAUUGAUUCUUGGUGCUUUUCUGCAUUUUUUUUUAAACCAGCGAUUAGAUUUCACAAACGAAGAUGAAAUUCCCAAUAGAAAACCCAAGAAAACAAGUUAACUGGGACCCAGAGCAAGUGGCAGUCCAGACCAACUUGGUCCCUCCCAAGAAGGCCCAGCCUGGCCUGGUGAAGUCCAGCUUGGUCCAGGCCAGCGUGGCCACCAUGCAGAACCCCAUGGGUUGCGAGCCCAAGGCCAACGGUCACUGCGCACUUCCUCGUCUCUCCAUCUCUUCCCGCUCGGCCAGCGUGGUGGCAAGCAUGGAUGCCAGCUGCGACGGCUCGACGGGGGUGGCGGCUCUCCACUCUGUCAUGAAGUGGAAGACCGUUCUGGCUGUGUUUGUCGUGGUGGUCCUGUACCUGGUAUGCGGGGGUCUGGCGUUUAGGGCGCUGGAGCAACCGUUUGAGAGCGACCAGAAGACAAGCAUCACCAUGGAGAAGGCUUCUUUCCUGGCUAGACAUCCAUGUGUUACACCAGAUGAGCUGGAGGCUCUCAUCAAGCAUUCCAUUGACGCCGUGAGUGCUGGCGUGAGUCCCAUUGGAGACACGUCCUACAAUUCCAGUUAUUGGGACUUGGGCAGUGCCUUCUUCUUCGCUGGAACGGUCAUCACAACCAUCGGUUAUGGAAACAUUGCUCCCAGCACUGAGGGCGGGAAGAUCUUCUGCAUCCUUUACGCCAUAUUUGGCAUCCCGCUCUUUGGUUUCCUGCUGGCCGGGAUCGGAGACCAGCUCGGCACCAUCUUUGUUAAAAGUAUCUUAAGAGUGGAGAAGAUCUUCAGGCAAAAACACAAACAGAUCAGCCAGACUAAGAUACUGGUGACAUCCACCAUCCUCUUCAUCUUUGCCGGCUGUAUCGUCUUUGUCACCGUCCCGGCUGUCAUCUUUAAACAUAUCGAGGGCUGGACCACGCUGGAGGCCAUCUACUUUGUGGUCAUCACGCUCACCACGGUGGGAAUAGGCGACUAUGUGGCUGGUGGAAACCGCAGGAUUGAGUAUAUGAAGUGGUACAAGCCGCUGGUGUGGUUCUGGAUCUUGGUGGGUUUGGCCUACUUUGCAGCCGUCCUCAGCAUGAUUGGCGACUGGCUUCGGGUGCUGUCCAAAAAGACCAAAGAGGAGGUUGGAGAGAUCAAAGCUCACGCAGCCGAAUGGAAAGCGAACGUUCGAGCAGAGUUCCGAGAAACGCGGCGACGCCUGAGUGUGGAGAUCCAUGACAAGCUCCAGCGAGCCGCCACCAUCCGCAGCAUGGAGCGCCGCCAGCUGGGCCUGGAGCAGCGGGCCCACUCCUUGGAUAUGCUGUCCCCCGAGAAGAGAGCCGUGUUCGCUAGCCUGGACGCGGGCCGCUUCAAGACCUCUUCCCAGGAGAGCAUCGACACCAAGCUGAAUAACCUGCGCAUGAAGGGGGCCUGCGAGUCGUACGAGCACCACGGUGGCGAGCAAACACCGCAGACGUCUUCAUCCUCGGAGGAGAACCUCUUCAACCUGCGCUUUGGGUCACUGACCAAGCUAGCCAGGCGUGGUAAGAACAUCCGUAGGAACAUCCCGGGGGACUCCAGACGCGCUAGCGUCAGCGUUAGCAAUGGGAGCGCCGUAGUGGACGAAGAACGAGGCGAGGACGUGGGAGAAGACGGAGAUCCGGAGGAGGAACCAAAAGAGCGCAACACCAGUUUGAACAACCUGUCGCAGUACUCUGUGGAGCGAGCCAAACUGAAUGGGUGCAAACAGCGGGAGAACACUGGAGGUUAAACAUGGAGGUCCACAUGGAGUCCGAUACUACUCCGAAAACUGUUUCUAUUCCAGGGCCAAAACGUACACAGGUAUGCUCCCAACUGGUGGAAAAAUCAAGGGUGCUUAAGUCGUACCCUUGAGGAGUCCCAAUAAGAUACCGUUGAAGAAAUGUGCCUUUUUGUUUCCUCAGUUUGCUUUUUGGGAAUCUCAGUCAUCGUGCCAUAAAGCCAUAGGAAGAAAAACCUGCUGCCAAAACCACCAAAAGAGACAUAUGACAUACGUACGUAAAGAAGCUGUCGUCUUAAUACCUCACAACGGCAGGCUUUCAUCUCAACGUUAGCUAGCUUCUGCUCACACAGUUAGCAUUUUUCCACACAAACACAAACAGGGCAAGAAGGCGUCCAUCUUUGUGUGUCUAUUUUUAGACUGCUACUGCUGAAAGUCAUGGCGGAAUGACGGAAAACGGGUGGAUCAAUGAAAUGAAGAAUUAUUCACUAAUCACGCAUUGGUUAUCCUGGAAGAGACGCUGUAUGAAAUACGCUUCUUUUGUAACCAGCCACAUUCAGAUAGUUUUUUUUUUAUGUGAUUAAUGAAUGAAUGUGAUUUUUUUUUUUCCUCCCCAACUAUCAAGCAUGUUUUUUUUGUCUAUUAUUUUGUAUUAAAGGUCCCGUAUUAUACUAUUUUUCAACCAAGUCUCACAACAGUGUAUUUAAAGCCCCUAAUCUUGCUUUGACCAUAUUCAGGUAUUAGGUCAUUAUCUAUGGGUAGUGAUGGAAAAGACAAGAUGGUGGGCACAAGUGUUGUCAUUGGGAGAAAUUUGGAGUAGAACCGCAUUGAGAGGAGCCAGAUGUGGGUAGUCUGAGCUUUGGUGCUUAGGCUGUUGCCUCCACACCCUGAGCUUGGAUAAGCGGAGGAAGAUGAAUGGAUGGAUGGAAUUCUCGCCAUGAUGCUGGAAUUUAGACAAAAGUAAGCCCUGUUGUUUUGUGUGUCUGUAGCUUUAACACUAAUGAGCUGUGUUUGUCCACACCUCCGAGCACUUUAUCCACUUUUUACAUAUACUAACACUGUAGUGCUAUACUUGUUCAAACCAUAUAUCACAUGUAUAUGGCAUCAACUUAACAUUAAGGUGUUUGCAACAUUAGCAUAGUUAUGUGAGCUACAGCGCUAACAGCAACAUCACGCUGAAGAAAAACAAAAUGAAACUUAUAGCUUCCGCGUCUGUAACUGACUCACAGACUGUUGGCAGCGCUUUAUUUUAAGAUGUGUAGCGAAGCUUCAUUCAUUCAUUCAUUCAUGCAUUUUCUACCGCUUUUUCCUCACGAGGGUCGUGAAGGGUGCUGGAGCCUAUCCCAGCUGUCUUUGGGCGAGAGGCGGGGUACACCCUGGACUGGUCGCCAACCAAUCACAGGGCACAUAUAGACAAACAACCAUUCACACUCACAUUCAUACCUAUGGACAAUUUGGAGUCACCAAUUAACCUAGCAUGUUUUUGGAAUGUGGGAGGAAACCGGAGUACCCGGAGAAAACCCACGCAUGCACGGGAGAACAUGCAAACUCCACACUGAGAUGGCCGAGGGUGGAAUUGAACCCUGGUUUCCUAGCUGUGUGGCCUGCGUGCUAACAAAUUGUCCGCCGUGCUGCCUUGUCCUAAAAAAUCAAUUGGUGUGGUAUCAGAGGUUUCAUUUUGAACUGAGCAAAACAAAGCAAGCUUAAAUAUAUCUUGUGGAGUACCCCAGGGGACGCCGUGCCGCCCUGUAGCGAAGCUUUUAAAUUUUUAUUUUGUUUUACAAAGCUAGGCCUGUCAUGAUAAGUUGGACAAUAAUUAUCCUACAAAUUAUUGCAGCCAAAUUAUUGCAAAUUAUUACAUUAAUUUAUUAUAUUAAUGUCAACAUAAUAUGUCAACAUGUUCUCCCCGUGCAUGGGUGGGUUUUCUCUGGGGACUCCGGUUUCCUCCCACAUUCCAAAA